CGAGAAAACAAGUGAUCGUGAAAUCCCCCUGAACACCACCACAGACUCACUCGUCAGCAAGCUUCCGCUGGGACCAGCCAAUCAGAGCGCGAUGCGCCGCAGCAUAUAAACCGAGCAGCCGUCGAGCCGUUCGCCCUUCGUCCGGUGAAUCAUCGAGCCGAGCCGCGUCCCUGCUCUACCGUGAACCUGAAGAUGGCGGCCCGGACUAUGCAAGCGGGGCGAUGCCCGACAGAUGAGCUAUCGCUGACUAACUGCGCUGUGGUGAACGAGAAGGAUCUUCAGUCAGGACAGCAUGUGACGGUGAAGACAACCCCCACUCACAAGUAUGUGUUCACAGUGAAGACCCAUCAUACUGUAGCUCCUGGAAGCAUUGCCUUCAGCCUGCCACAGAGGAAGUGGGCCGGCCUCUCCAUAGGUCAGGAGGUGGAAGUGUCCAACUACAACUUUGACAAGACCAAGCAGUGCAUCGGCGCCAUGACAAUCGAAAUCGACUUCCUGCAAAAGAAGAGCACCGACUCCUCUCCCUACGACUCGGACAAGAUGGCCGCCGAGUUCAUCCAGCAGUUCAACAACCAGGCCUUCUCUGUCACUCAGCAGUUAGUGUUUAGCUUCUGUGACAAGCUGUUUGGUUUGGUGGUGAAAGACAUCGACGCCAUGGACGCCAGCAUCCUCAAAGGAGAACCAGCUUCUGGGAAGAAACAGCAGAAGAUCGACGUGGGUCUGAUGGUCGGCAACAGCCAGGUGAUUUUUGAGAAGGCAGAAAGUUCUUCCCUCACGUUAGUGGGAAAGGCAAAGACCAAAGAGGCUCGACAGACGAUCAUUAAUCCCGACUGGAACUUUGAGAAAAUGGGAAUUGGAGGCCUGGAUAAGGAAUUCUCGGACAUUUUCCGCAGAGCGUUUGCUUCCCGAGUUUUCCCUCCUGACAUUGUGGAACAGAUGGGCUGUAAGCACGUGAAGGGCAUCCUGCUGUUCGGACCUCCAGGAUGCGGUAAAACCCUGAUGGCAAGGCAGAUUGGGAAGAUGCUCAACGCUCGCGAACCGAAGGUCGUCAACGGACCGGAGAUUCUGAACAAGUAUGUGGGAGAGUCCGAGGCCAACAUCCGCAAACUGUUUGCCGAAGCAGAGGAGGAGCAGAAGAGGCUGGGAGCCAACAGCGGCCUCCACAUCAUCAUCUUUGAUGAGCUGGAUGCCAUCUGCAAGCAGAGAGGAACGGGCGCUAGCAGCACGGGCGUGCACGACACCGUGGUCAACCAGCUUCUGUCCAAGAUCGACGGUGUGGAGCAGCUGAACAACAUCCUGGUCAUCGGAAUGACCAACAGGCCCGACCUGAUAGACGAUGCUCUGAUGAGACCUGGCAGGUUUGAGGUGAAGAUGGAGAUCGGUCUUCCCGAUGAGAAAGGCCGCGUCCAGAUCCUAAACAUCCACACCAGCAAGAUGCGAAGCUUCAACCUGCUGGCCAUGGAUGUAAACGUCGUAGAGCUGGCAGCAGAGACGAAGAACUACAGCGGCGCAGAGCUGGAGGGGCUGGUCAGGGCGGCGCAGUCCACCGCCAUGAACCGACACAUCAAGGCCACGUCCACGGUGGAGGUGGACAUGGAGCGGGCUGAGAAGCUGCAGGUCACCAGGGCCGACUUCAUGGGAUCCCUCAACAACGACAUCAAACCCGCCUUCGGAACAAACCAGGAGGAUUAUUCCAGCUACAUCAUGAACGGGAUCAUCAAAUGGGGCGACCCGGUUACUCAUGUCUUGGAUGACGGAGAGCUGCUUGUACAGCAGACCAAGAACAGCGACCGCACUCCGCUGGUGGCCGUCCUACUGGAGGGUCCGCCUCACUGCGGGAAGACGGCCCUGGCGGCUAAGAUAGCGGAGGACUCUCAGUUCCCCUUCAUUAAGAUCUGCUCUCCAGACAAGAUGAUCGGACACUCUGAGAUCUCCAAGUGCCAGGCAAUCAAGAAGGUCUUCGAUGACGCUUACAAGUCCCAGCUCAGCUGCGUGGUGGUGGAUGACAUUGAGCGGCUGCUGGACUACGUCCCCAUUGGACCUCGUUUCUCCAACCUGGUCCUGCAGGCUCUGCUGGUGCUGCUGAAAAAACCUCCACCCAAGGGCAGGAAGCUGCUCAUCAUCGGAACCACCAGCAGGAAGGAUGUCCUGCAGGAGAUGGAGAUGCUGGAUGCCUUCAGUACCACCAUCCACAUCCCCAACAUCUCCACUGGAGAGCAGUUAGUGGACGCUCUGGAGCUUCUAGGAUGUUUCACGGAUAAAGAGCGAGCCAGCAUAGCUCACCAGCUCAAAGGAAAGCGCGUCUGGAUCGGCAUCAAGAAGCUUCUGGUGCUCAUUGAGAUGUCUCUGCAGAUGGACCAGGACUACAGAGUGACCAAGUUCCUGACUCUGCUCAGAGACGAGGGAGCCGACCGCAGUUUCUUGGACUAGAAGCAUCUGGCACACUCAAGGAAACAUCUCAGCUUCUAAGAGUCUCCUCUGGUAGCAAUGAAGAGAAGCAGAAAGCCGUCCCUCUCAUGGUUCCACCCACAGAUCCCAGUAUCUGCACACAAACCCGGUCCAGGAGCAGAACUGUUGUACCCCAGCAUGUUUCCACCAUGGCACCACCGUCCCCCCCCCUCGUCAUCACCACCACCAUCGCUGACAGCACUCAUCAACAUAUCACAGCGAUGUACUGGAAGUUGUACUGUUAUAAAGCUGUUAUCUGUAAAGAAACUGCAAUAGAUGAUUGUAAAAACAAACGUGUUGUAUUGUGCAAACCCAAAAGAAGCAGCUAUUCUAUUCGUUGUACCUGUUGUAUCUUAACUAGACGUGAAAACAGAAUGUGCAAAAACUGUUGGACUCGUUUGGAUAUCGAGGCUUUUAGUGACUAGUGGCUGUAAAAAGUUUCAUGUGUAAAUGUAGCCUCUUUAAGAGAAAAGGGUAAUUAUUGAUUUGUAUAUAAUAAAUAUAUAUAAAUACAUCAUAAAGUGACAGUAUAUGGCAGAAAUAUGAUUACGUCAUCGUUUGUCAGCAGGAUCUUCCUCGCUGUGGCUCCUCACGUGUUGAUUUUACCAAGUCGGUGUAGUAGUGGAAGUAAAUAUUGGAGUUUUGGCUUCUUCAGUCUUGGUGUUGCAUUCUCCUCCAGUCCUGUGUGUGUGUGUGUGUGUGUGUGUGUGUGUGUGUGUGUGUGUGUGUGUGUGUGUGUGUGUGUGUGUGUGUGUGUGUGUGUGUGUGUGUGUGUGAGAGAGAGAGAGAAUAAGAGUCAAUGCUCAGAUGUAUUACUGCAAUAAAAAGCACAUAUGCACAACAAAA